UGAGUAAUAAGUGGUUAAGAGUCUAUUUACCCUUCCGAAAUCCUAUCUUGGCCGUCAGGCUGCAACGUUUAGGCAUUAUAUUAGAGUCUAGGCUCUAAUAUAAGGCUAUGAUAGGCGAGGCGAGGGAGAACAGAGAAGUGAGAGCCUUUGAGAAGGUCAAGAGGAAGAGGGAAGAAGAAUUUCGUAGCAGACCUACGUCGACGACCACUUGAUUUGCGACAUUGAGGGCCAGCGGAUUCGGCGGCGGUUGUAAUUGGCCAAGACAACUUCGUUUGGGAAAAGAGCUUUUAGUUUCCGCAGGGUCGAACAAUAUUGCGGGUUAAAUCUUGCUCCAAUCCUGCUAGCAAACAACAAAUUUGGGUGGACUUUCAAUUAUCGUGAUUUUUCUCCGCUAAUCGUUUUCCUAUAUUAUCUGCUCUGUUCGGUGCCAUGGACUACGAGAACGAUCCAUACAUUGAUGAGGAUGGAGUGGCUCUUAUGGAUCCAGGUGACUUGAUGCUUGAUAGGGAACCUUUGCCUUACACCAGACAUAAAUUUGACGAUAAAAGCAGCGACGAAUGGCGAAGUGAACGGUCGCCUACACCAACAUAUGACGAAGGCAAGUUUAGAAAGCGAAGGAAGAGGUUAAUCAAGAAGGUCGUAAAGCAGAGCUCGCCAGAGCAUAGCGGGAGCACGAAUGGGAAGGCAUUUCAUGGGGAGGAUUUAGAUGAUUGGGAUGAGGAAGAGCCGGUGAGGAAAAAAAUGUCAUUGGGAAAGGACUCGAGCAGCAAGGAGAAGAGGAAAGUGUUACCAAAGUCAGGCAGAUCUACUAGAAAAGCAUCCCCCUCGGGUUCAAAGGGUGGUUAUGGAGUUGGUUCGUCUAACCAUGCAAGUGAUCCUGAGGUGCAGGAGUUAUGGGAUGCUAUUACUGGUGAUGAUUUAGAGGGUGAUCGAGAAGGUGCUAGAACAGCAUACGAUCAUGAUGCUUUCGCAAUUGAUAUUGGGGUUGAUCAAGUUGAUCACUUUGGUAAUGACAAUGAAUCUGGAUUUAUUGGGUAUGCUCCACAAGCAGAGGAGGAUAAUGAGAUGAAGAAUAAGCUCUUUAAAGGCGGUAAAAAGAAGAAAAAUGAAAAAUCACCUGCUGAGCUUGCCAUGGUCAUCGAAGAUUUUAUGGCUGAACUUGAAGUUACUGCUGAAGAAGAUGCGGAAUUGAAUAGGCAAAAUAAGCCAGCCAUUAAUAAACUCCAGAAGCUACCGUUUCUUAUAGAUGUUCUUUCUAAAAAGAAAUUUCAGCUUGAAUUUUUAGAUCAUGGAGUACUUACGCUUCUAAAGAACUGGUUAGAACCUUUGCCAGAUGGAAGCUUACCUAAUAUGAAUAUUCGAACCGCCAUACUGAAAUUACUAUCUGAGUUUCCUAUUGAUUUAGAGCAGUACGAUCGAAGAGAACAGCUAAAGCAAAGCGGCCUUGGGAAGGUUAUUAUGUUUUUGUCGAGAUCUGAUGAAGAGGCGACAUCUAAUAGGAAGCUUGCAAAAGAGUUGGUGGAUAGAUGGAGCCGACCAAUAUUUAAUAAGAGCACUAGAUUUGAGGACCUGCGGAGUUACGAGGAUGAGAGAAUUCCUUACAGGAGGCCAGCUCCAAAGCCUGUAAACAUACCCGAACAGGAAUCUAGAGAUGAAGAUCUUGAUGAAUUUUCUCAGAGAAAAAAAUCCCUCCAGGCUGCUUCAAGACAACAUGCUUCUUUGCCAGAAGCAUCACCCUUGGUUUUUGUUGUGCGUCCACAAUCAAAAAUAGAUCCUGAAGAAAUAAGAGCUCAGGCAAAACAAGCUGUGCAAAAUCAACAGCGUCAAAAGUUGAGUAGGAAGCUGCAGCUGUUGAAAGCUCCUAAAAGGAAGCAGCUUUGGGCAUCAAAACUCAAUGUGGAGGGCUAAACCAGGACGAAGCUGCUGAACGUUUGUUUUUAGAGUUGUUGUGCUGUUGUACAGCUUU